AUUGCUUUCAGCUCUAAUAAGAUUCUCGAUGGGACUAAGACUUAGUACAGAAGAGCUCGAGGGUAUAAAAGCUCUUGAAGCUAACUGCGCAAAGCAGCUUUCUGUAGUUAACGACAUAUGCAGUUACAACAAGGAGGAGGAGGCGGCUCGGACCGGACACAAGGAGGGAGCUUUCCUUUGUUUAGCUGUAAAGGUUUUGGCAGAGGAGACGAAGCUUGGUAUACCUGCAACGAAGCGCGUGCUUUGGUAUAUAACUCAGGAGUGGGAGAAUGUGCAUGACGAAAUCGUGUCAGAGAAAAUCGCAUCUCCAGAUGGCUGCUCUGAAGCUGCUAAGGCAUACAUGAAGGGCCUGGAGUACCAGAUAAGCGGCAAUGAGUAA